GUUUGGAAUUUGAAACCGCUCCCUCUCUCUAAAGAGACGUUAUAAACUUUUUUUUGACCUUUUCUCUUCUCCCCAGUCCCCACUAAUUACUCUUUGUUUUUUCUAGCAACAUUUUCUAAAAAACAAAACUCCUUCCUCAUUAGUGGAGUAGUAUUUUUUUCCCUUCUGUCUCCAUUUAUUGCGUGAACUAAGCGACCACUUGUACUCAUCACUCUUCGCUGUACACAAGACCCAUCUCUCUCUCUCUCUCUCUCUCUCUCUCUCUCUCUGUAUUUUGUAUAGCCCUAAGUCUUGAAGAUUACUAGCUGCAUUGGGUGGAAACACAUGGAAAAAAAAGAGACUUUGAGAAUCUUGGGAAGUCGUUCUUAUGGACUUUGUGAAUCAGAAUAGUGUUUUCCUACACUCUGGUUUCUUGUACUCAUAAAACCAAAGUGGGCUUGAUUUUUGGAUUGAGAAGAUGGGGGGUGAGAAACAUGGUUCCAAGGGUGGAGGUUAUGUUGGUGGCUUACUCCAGCUCUUUGACUGGAAUGCAAAAGCACGGAAGAAGUUGUCCUGGACCAAAUCUGAUUUAUCAGAGCCAUCAAAACAGAAGAAGAGAAGUGACGGGAAUCUGCCUAUGACACGGUUUAAUCUGAUGAAUGAGGAUGAACUUGUAGCGGGUUCAAGUAUCAAAGGAAGUAGCGACUAUAGUUGUGCUUCAUCAGUGACCGAUGAUGAAGGCUAUGGAAAUAGGGCUCCAGGUGUCGUUGCCAGGCUUAUGGGAUUGGAUUCCAUGCCACAAUCAUCCAAUGUUUCAGAGCCCUUCUCUACCCCACUUUUUGAUUCACAAUCCCUCGAUUCACAUUCCCUCCGAGACGCUCCCUACCAUAGAAGAAACCUCAACUUCUACCAAGAACGCCAACCCUUGCAUUCCGGCAAUCUGCACAAUAAAGUGGACAUCCCUAAUCAGAAGGCAACAGAGCCAAAGCCUCAGAAAAUGGUAAAUAGGCCAAUUGAGAAGUUCCAAACAGAGAUUUUACCUCCUAAAUCGGCUAAGUCAAUUCCAACGACCCACCAUAAGCUUUUAUCUCCCAUCAAAAGCCCUGGUUUCAUUCCAUAUAGAAAUGCCGCUCACAUAAUGGAAGCAGCAGCUAAAAUUAUCGAACAAGGACCUCAGGCUAGUACCAAUGCCAAAAUGCCUUCGUUAGGGACUUCCUCAAUUCCCUUGAAAGUUAGAGACUUGAAAGAGAGAGUGGAAAGUGCACAAAAACCAUUAAGGCUUGCGGAAGCUUCUGGUUCCAUAAGACCAGUUGAAUCAAAUGCUGCCAAGUUUCUCAAAGGGCAGUCGAUGAAUAAAAGUUUGAACGGAUCAAUGCAUGUGAUGUCUGAUUCAGGAGAUUCUUCUGGUACAAAAACUACUGGAAAAUCGGUUUCACUUGCGCUCCAAGCUAAAGUCAACGUUCAGAGAAGAGAAGGGUUGAAUCAAAGUGACAGCAGGAGCUUAUUUGGCCAGAAAGAACAAGGUGAGGUGACGUCAGGCCAGCAGUUCUUUAAAAGUCAACCGAAUAGCCAAAAGAGGACACAGAAGAAAUCUUCUGCACAUAGUUCUUCCACUGUGCUACGGCAGAAUAAUCAGAAACAGAAUUCUGCCAAUGAUAAAGAGAAGGUACCCUCAAAAUCCUUGCUCUCUAAUUCCCAAGGUAGAAAAGUGUUGUCCGGAGAUUCACGACACAAGAGCUCCGGUAAAUUUGGUGGGACCUCAAAAACUGGUUUGAGGAAGUCAGUGCCUGAAGCGACAGAGUGUGAAAAAGAAGUCUCAAAUUCCAGCACAAAAAAUGUUCCACGCAAGAAACGAUCAAUAGAUGGGAAUUUUCACCAUGAUAACACUGAGAAAUCUCUUCGAUCUAGUGCAGUUGAGGAUAGACAAUUUACCUGGACAGAGGAUAGAAAAAGGAAAGGCAGUGAUGUUGUUUCUUUUACAUUCACAGCUCCAUUGACUCGAUCAGUACCUGCUCGUGAGUUCUCAGCACAAGUGGCGGAGGAAAAUUAUGGCUUUCGUGGAGAUGGAAGAGGUAAAACUAUUAUAUUCAACUCAGAUAGUCCAAAUAACCGAAAUCUGUCUUCACUUGGAUGCAAUGUGCUAGGAGCGGAUGCCUUGAGUAUCCUGUUGGAGCGAAAGCUAAAGGAAUUGACUCAUGGAGUUGAGUCUCCCAGCUAUAGAGCUGGGGUGGCUGGUGAUUCGACUUCGUUUGAUCAAGAUUUGGUACCCAAUUCUAAAGCAGUGUUCACCACACCUAUGUCCCACAAUGGAAAGAGACAAGAUGCGAUGCUCAUGGACAAAGUGGGUGGUGAUUAUGGCUCUAUUUUUUCUUCCACUGAUUCUAUGGGACUCAUGGCGAAACUCAAGCUUCAGGCGGUGGACAAAAUGGACGAGUGUGGUAGCAAUGAUAUGGAAGCUAGAAAGUUGUUCCACUAUCGACAUCCAAGUCCAAUCUCUGUUCUUGAACCUUAUUUUCCAUCAGAAAGUUGCAACUCUUCUGAUAGUGCAGAUAGUAACAGUACACAAGGUAGCAAGCUGUGCUCAUCUGUUCUUGCUCAAGAAGCGAUCCCCAUAAGUUAUUCAAAGAAGUUCCAUUCAGUGGACUCUGAUGCAGAAUUAUUGGACUCAGCUUCCACAACUUUUGCUAGGAUGAACAAGACUCAUUUUAUGGGAUCAACAAACACAUGGGAACUGGUAUAUGUGAAGGAGAUACUGUUUAAUGUGGAGUUUAUGUUUAAGGACUUCGCUUUGGGGCGGGCUCGUGAGAUCAUAAACCCUCGUCUCUUCGACCAGUUGGAAAGUCGGAAAGAGGUCUCAGAAGGAGAAGAACAAAAGCUAAGACGAAAGGUACUAUUCGAUUGUGUGAGUGAAUUCACAGACUUGAGAUGCAGGCGUUUUGCCAGUGGGGGAAGCAGAACUUGGGCAAAAGGGUUGUCAAUUUUGAGAAGAAAAGACCGGUUAGCCGAAGAAGUAUAUAAGGAGAUUUCCGGUUGGGGAGGAAUGGGAGAUUUUAUGGUUGAUGAUCUUGUGGACAAGGAUAUGAGCAGUUGUUACGGAAAAUGGCUUGAUUAUGAAGUUGAGUCGUUUGAACUGGGAAUAGAGAUUGAAGGCCGGAUACUUGAUUCUUUGGUUAAUGAAGUGAUAGCUGAUAUUUUGGUGCUUUAGUUUCUUGAGCAUAGUUUUUCUCUUCGCCUCCACUGUAGUGAUUAUGGUCAAGGUUGGUCCAUGUUUGUUCCCCCCAACUUUCUCUUGUACAAAUGAUGGAUAAGGUUAUAUUCUUUUGUACAAUUGAUGGACAAGGUAGAGUGCUUCGAAAGGUUGAUUAAUCACCUUCUACAUUGUCUUGGAAACCUUCCAUUUCCAUGGAUAUUUAAUUUGUUUUUACA